AACUAUUUUUAAAAUUUUUAUUUUCAAAUUUUUAAUAUUUAUUUUUUAUUUUAUAAAAUUUUAAAUUUCAAUCUCAAAUUCUCACCCCUCAACUCUAAACCCUAAGGUUUGAAUUAGUUAAUCCUAGGGGUAUAAGUAUAUACUCUUUAAUGAAACAUUUUGGUCAUUUUGAUUCUUAGGGUCUAUAUUUGUGAUAUAAACUUUGGUAGUGCUAUUCUAGGGUAUUUCUCAAUAAAUAAUAACAAACUUGGAAAAUAAGCAAGGAAAAUUACCAAAAAUACCACAUUUAUAGUACCAUAUUUCAUUUUUACACUAACAACUUUGACCCUCACUUUUAAUGAAGGAUAAAUUAUAUUUAUAACCAUAGGGUUAACUAAUAUAGACUUAGGAUUUAGAGUUGAAGGGUGGAGUAUGAUUUAUGAAAUGUGAAAUUCAGGAUUCUAAUAAAUAUAUAAAUAAAUAUUUAUAAUAUAUAUAUAUAUAUAUAUAUAUAUAAAUUUAAAAUAGUUUCAGAAAUAAUUUUCGAUUUUUAAAAAGAAAUUUUGAAAAAAAAAAUCCAAAAAAUUAUAAAAAAAUUUUGAAAAUGUAUAAUUCGGAAUAAAAAAUAUUCUUUUAUUUAUUUAAAUAAUUAUUUAUUAUAUAUAUAUAUAUAACAAUGGUACAAGAGUGUUUUGCUACUUAAUGAAAAAUUAUUUUUGAUAAUAUUUUUUUACUGGUAAUAAACAUGAAUAAUGGUACCAAAAGGUGAUAAAUAUGAAAAUUCAUGAAUAAGCAAAUAGUAGUGAUUAAGUCACAUACAACCAGAAAAAUCAACUUAAUAUAGUCAAAGAUGUUUGUCUUACUUGGUGAUUGUCCAUGUGUUUUGCGUGAUAUUGAAAAAGCAUUUUACAAAAUUAAUGAUAUAUAACAUGUUAGUUAUAAAUAUGCAUAAAAGAUUGAAUCAAUGUUAAUGUUAAAUAACAAUUAUGUGAGCUGUAGAUUCUAAUGUAGUAAAUUUAAUAAUAACAAACUUGAAAAAAGUUAGUUGUAGUGAUAGAAUCACAUACAACUAGAAAAUCAUCUUAAAAUAGUCACUGAGGUCUUACUUGGUGGUUGUCUAUGUGUUAUGCAUGAUAUUUUAAAAAAUAGUAUACUAAUGAUAUAUCAAUAUAUUAUUUGAUAUUUUAUGCACACAUGAUUGAAUCAAUGUUAAUAUUAAAUAACAACAAUGUGCGCUGUAGAUUAUAAUGAAGUAAAUUAAAUAAUAACGAAGCUGGAAAAUUAUUUGGUAAUAGUGACUGAAUCACGUACAGCUAGACAAAUCAGCUUAAGUGAACGAAUAAUAUACAGUUAGACAAAUCAACUUGGAUUAUUGGUUCUAGUAUUUUAAUAGAUUUAGAAAUCCUUCUUGGAUUUAUAAAUUUUGAUAAAUCCAUUGAUUUUAGAUUCAAACAAGAAGAUUUCAUAAUAAUGAUAUAGAUUUAAAAGUCAAAAUAAGUAAAUUAUUAUAAACCAGUCAAAUGGAUUUGUAAUAAGUUCAGUUUUAUAGUAAAAUAAUAUAUAUAUAUAAACUAAAACACAUGUUUAUCAUUUCAUAUGUUAUUUUUAUGACAUAAAAUCUCUCCACAUAUUUGUUGUCAUUGUCGGUAUCACUUGAUUGGCAUGUUCUCUUUACAGAUUUUGAAUUACAAAAGUUUCUUCAUCAUUUUUAUUAACUUUUUAAGAUAUUUUUCAUCAUCAGUCUUUUUCUCCAGGAAAAUUAUAUGUUCUAUAGAACUUCCAAGAAAAUUAUGUAAACCAGCCCAUGCAAGUACAAUAUCCAUUUGUGUCUUGUAAGGCAGAUUUUAAAAAAAAAAGGCAUCAAGAUUUGAACAAAAAUCCUCUCGAUAACAUUUCUCAAUGAAUCAUGACUUAAUUAAAUAACUAUGUCAUUUUGCGAGCUGAGACACUACCUGACUAGGCCUGGGCAUCCGGAUCUUCGGAUCGGGUUCAAAUCGGUUCUUAUCAGAUUUGGAUCCUUCGGAUACUAGAUAUUUGGAUCCAACUAGAUACUUACAAAAAAUUAUUUGGGUUCGGAUCGGUUUCUAUCGGAUCAUGGCCAGCUCGGGUCUAUAGUUUAUAUACCCACAACAUUCCCGUAAUUUUCGGGUAUAUUUCGGAUUGGCUCGGUUCCGGUAUUUCAAACCUAAAGUACUCGAACUAGACCCAUAUCCGAAAACCCAAAAAAUACCCUAAAACGCGAAAUACCCGAAUUUUUACAUGAAGUUUGAUCUAAAGAUCUAAAAAUACCCAAAAUUUUAUUUAAAUACCCGAAUUAUAUUUUUGAAAAUCAAAAAAAUUUACCCAAAAAUCCAAACCCGAAACUUAUAAAAAUUAUCAGUAAUACCAAAAAUAUACCCAAACAUCCAAAUAUACCCAAUAUACUAAAAGUUUCGGAUAUUUUGGGUACCCAAUCAAUCAAGUUUCAGAUAGGAUAUGGACCCGAACCGAGAUCCGUGGUCUAAAAUAAUUAUACCCAAUAGUUAGUUUAGCCUAGAUCGGAUCCGAAUUUAUACUUUUGGGUCGGUUCCGAUUCGGGUCUUAGAGUCUGGAUAAAACGCCUAGGCCUACUGCCGACGCCAGGAGAGGAGGCGCCUCCGACGUUCACGGAUUCCAAAGAGGCUUCUCGCUUUUGGUGCCCGAGAGGAAACUAGAUUACGGCUAGUCAAUCAAUCUUGUAUAUUAAUGUCAAACAAAAACCAUAUGAGCCUUGUAGUCAAACGAAGUUAAUUGAGGAAUAAUCUAAUAGUGAUCGACAAAACGAAUCAAGAAAUAUUACGUGGUUUCGGGCCCAGAGAAUUAGGGAUUCGGCCCGAACUUUAUAGCAAUUCAAAAAGAAAAACGAAUCAAGUUACGCGUGUUUGUCUAUUGCAUGAUAAUAUACGAUGCGUUCAUAUGAAGAAAAAAAAUAUUGUGCACCAGUGUGUAUGUCAGUACUGGUGUAUGUAUCGGUUGUUCAUGUGGUUGUUCUAUCACCAUCAAAUGGCUUUAAUUUAUUAAAUUUGGGAGAUAAGAAGACAAUGUAACUGAUAAAUAAGAACUAACUUAUUGUGAUUUAUUAGCAUGCAUUUUUUUUUUUUGCUAAACAUGCAUUUUUUUUUCAACUUACAUUUCUUAAUAGACCAUUCUUAACUAACUAAAUCAUUAUAUAAAAUCAAUAAUGUAAGUUAAUAAUCAUAUGAGCUAAAUUGAAUAAUAAACAACACGACGAAUAAGACAAUUAUGGUUGAAUCAUCCAACGGGAAAAUCGGCUUUAGUCAUAAGGUUUGCCUGACUUAGCUGUUGUCUAUUUUUUUGCAUGAUAGGUUAUUCUAAAAGAUCAUAUCCACAUGCGUAUAUAAUUGUAUAUUAAGUUUACAUAAAUUAAAAGAUUUGUGUAUCAGUCUACAUGUAUUACUGUAACAUGUGCUUAUUUUGUCACCAUUAUGUGGUUUUGUUAUUAAUUAACUGGGAGAGACUAACAAUACAUAUCAACCAAUUAACAAAACAAAAAAACAAUUAAUGAACAUGUGCAAAUUUUAUAUUAUAUAUUUGACUGAUUUCAUGGAUCAAGAAAAAUGAUGACAUGGACUAACUAAAAUUAAUUUACUUGAAACAAAAAACUUAUUGAAAACUUGAAAAAAAUACCUUCAUUUAAAAAUAUUAAAGGAUAAUUUAUUGGAUUAGUAUUAUCCUUCAAAUAUUUUUACCAAACCGUUUAUAUUUUUCAUUCAUAGAUAUAUCAAAAAUAAACUAUCUUGAUCAUGAAAACAUAUUUAUUUAGCUUAAAAUACAAACAUAAGAAAUUUGCACAUAUAAAUAUUGAUGAAAAUUAUCUUUUUUUUGUCAUCAGCAUAAAAAGACUCAUGAAGACACAUUCAUAUAAAUUCAAAAAAAAACUUACUGUUUUUAAUUAUAAAAAAGUGAAAAUAUCCAAAUAUAUAAUAAAUAUUUUCAUCAACAAAUAGUUAUUAAUAAUAUCUAAAUUUUGAAAACAUUUUCCAGACCAAAAAUUGAUGAUAAGAUUUUAUGAGUCAUUUAGAAAAAAGAAUCAAGAUUUUACUUAUUAAAUGAUCAUAAUUUAUUUUUUGAAAUCAUAUAAUAUAAAUGAUAAAUUACUAUAAUUUAUACAAAUAUUUUUUCUUUAUAAAAGAGUUCUGAGAUUUAAAACUUUUUUAAUUAAACAUAUACAUAUAUUUAAAAUAUAAAGAAAAGAAAAAUAAAUAAAUAAUUUAAUUACGAAUAUUUUUAAUUCAUAAACUUCUCAUUAAAUUAACAUAAGACAUUAUAAUAAAUUAUCAUAUAAUCUAAUAUUAUCAUUAGACUUGUUUUACUAAUGGAUUUUUUACCAAAAAAUAUAGAGUUCAAAUUGAAAUAUUAAAUUAUUGCAUUACAUGAUAUGAUUCCAAGUUUUAAGUAGUUUGAAAACAUUGAUUCAUAACCUCUAGUUUACCAAAUUAUUAGAUUAAUUAUGUUCUUUAGAGUCUUUAGAUUAAGAAGCAAGGAUAAAAUAAAUUUCUGGUACAAGUCAUUAUCAUAUCUAAUUGAUUUCUUAUAUUGGAUUAAUUUGGUUGUAUUCAAAAUAAUAUUUGCAUCAUCUAAAAGACUAAAACAUACUAUUUACCAUUAUUAAAUUUUAUUUCUGAUAAAUAUAAAUAUAUUUUAUAAGUGUUACCAUAAUUCAUAAUUUCUCUCGCAUAAAGUGCGGGUAGCUACCUAAUCUAAAAUAUGUGGUUUGAAACACACAUCUUUUAUUACAAUAAAAAGUAAUAAUAAUAAUAGAUGAAGAUUAUUAUGUGUGAUGUGAUUUUUAUGGAGAACAAGUUAAAGAAAAUAAAUGAUUUAAUGAAGAUAAUUAUGUGUGAUGUGCCAGACCGCAUUUCUCUCCCGUCUGCGUUCAUCUUCGUCUCUCUCAUGUCUUCUUCGUUGUUCUGUGGCAGUGAGAGUGGUGUUCGGUUGGUUCCACCGAUAUGAUCCUCCCUCGUCUGAAUCGGAGCUCUCCAGUUUUUUUUCCGAGAUUCAGUCAAGUCUCGCCAAGUUGGUGGCGGUGCUGCGUCCCGCCAAAUAUUUUCUUUAUAAAAUCAUUUCACCAAGUUUCAUCUUUAUAAAAUCAUUUUACAUAGAUAUAUGAAUUACUUCUUAUACCCUAAUUAUACCAAUAUAUUAUUAUAAUUCAUACAUUUAUCAAUAAUGACUAACCAUUCAAAUUAUUUCCAGUGUAAAGGAUCCAAAAUGAUCUAGAAUAAAAAUGAGAGAAUUUUGAUUACAUUUUCAAAGUUUGAAUAGCCUAACAAGCUAUUCUAACGAUAAACAUAUAUCACGUUAUAUGGUCGGGUGGUCAAGGCGUUUUGUGGAUCUCUAAAGAGAUCUGAAUUUGAAUUUGCUCCACACAAGAUUUCCAUGCAUGUGGCCACUAGAGCUUUCACAUUCUCUCUUUGGAGAAUGGUUUACCAACAUAUAGCACAUUAUUUAUUUAUUUUUAAUCAAAAAUGUAGUUAAUGAUAAUAAUUAUAUGAUUUUAUGAUUUUAGAACGUAAAUCUUUCUACUUUUAAAUAUAUAAAUUAUACUAUUCACAAUAUAUCUACACUCCUUCAAAUAUCUUCUUAAGUUAACUAAAAUGAAAAUUAUUGAAAUCUAAUCUAUUAAUAAAAUAACUAUAUGAAAUAAAUUUUAAUUUUUCAUAUGAUUUACGAAAGAUAGCACUAAUUUUUGGUAAAAGAUAAUAUUUCAGUAAAAUUAUCUUUGUCAUACAAAAGAUGGAAAAAUCAUGUGAUAUUUCUUAAGAAGAUUUAUAUAUUUCGUUGUUACGGGUAUUUAGGAUUAAAAAAAAAACCUGAAACUCUACACAAAUACUUGGAAAUAUUAAAAACACCCAAAAUUUUUAAAAUUUUACCCGAAUCUAACUUGAGAAACUGAAAAUACGUAAAAUUUAUCUGAACACCAGAAACAUAUUUAAAAAAAUGAAAUUUUACCCGAAACCCGAAACAAUAACCAAAAUCCAAAUCCAAAAUUUAAAAGAAUAUACAUAAUAUCAAAAACAUUUCUAAAAUACCCAAAUAUACCUAUGACGCCCACAAAAAUUCGGGUACUUUGGAUUCCUGAUCGGGUAGGAUCCAGACCCGAACCGAAACACACAGGUCCAGAAAAUACCUAAUAUGUAUUUUUUCCUGGAUCCGGGCCUGAACCGAACCUAUACUUUCAAGUCAGUUUUUGUUUAUUUUUUAAGAUCUAGGUAAAAUAUUGUUCAAACCUAAGAAAAAAUUACAUAAGAGUGUACCUACAAAUUUUAAAUAAACUAAUUCAUAAAUUAUAUAAUUUUAUUAUUCGAUACAAUACGACUAUAUAACAUAAUCAUGUACAACAAUUCCACAAUACUAAUUCAUAUCAUAUCAAACUUUGUCUAUAAUUAAGAAAAACUAUGCGUUUUCGAAGCGCGGUUCAAAAAUCUAGUUGCGACUUGAAAUAUCUUUUUACAAAUCAGGAAAAAUGUUUGUCAUUUACACAAGCAUGGGGUAAAUGGUGAAAACAUAUUAAGUUUGAGAAUAUGACACUGACAUUACGAUGUAUAUGAUUCAUAAACAUGUACAAAGUAACAUAUUAUAUGGUGAAAACUACAAAAUCUAGGUUUAAUCGACAAAUCUAAAACUCUUGGGCAAAAUCAAAUUUGUAAAAUUUUAACUAAACAUGGAUUUCAUAAUCUAAACUGGAUUCAUAUUUAAAUAAAUAAAUAAUUUAGAAAUUUAUUUAUAUAAAAGAAAUAAUAUUUUUAAGUAUUUAUCUGCCGCUCUCAGUAGUAACUUUAUUACAAGUUAACCUGGGAAAGUUCUCGGCACCAAACUAAAACCAUAGACAUAUAUUUGUUUAUAUAAUCUAAGACAAAGUUGUAGGGAGGGCAAAACAUCUAAACUCCAGAGGGAUGAGUUUCAUGUGGAACGUUGUGUAUGUGAUCAUCGCCUUAGUGGUUGUGAAGAUCAGCCAGUGGUUGUGGCAAUGGUCGAACCCAAACUCCAAGGGCAGUGGCAAGCUACCGCCGGGGUCAAUGGGUUUUCCAAUCGUCGGAGAGACUUUUGAAUUCUUUAGGUCUUCUGGAUUACUCGAGAUCCCACCUUUUUUUCAGAAGAGGAUGCUAAGGUACGGGCCAUUGUUUCGGACCAACAUUUUGGGCUCUAGGACGGUGAUUUCGACGGACGCAGAUGUUAUAUACGAGAUUUUCCGGCAGGAGAACCAGUCUUUUAUACAAAGCUAUCCGGAUAUUUUUGUCAAGGUACUUGGAAAAGACAAUGUGUUUUUCAAGACAGGAGACAUACACAGACAUAUCAAACAUGCCACUAUGCAUCUCAUUGGCUCGGAAGGUUUGAAGCGAAAGAUGAUAGGAUUUAUGAACCAGACCACCCGCGAGCAUCUUAGAUGGAAGGCUACCCAGGGCGCUUUCAACCUUAGGCAUGCUGCUUCAAACUUGAUAGUAUCGUACAUAACACCGCAGAUGAUUAGUAAUCUAAAACCAGAAACUCAAGAAAAGCUUAUCGAUCAUUUCAAAACUUUCAAUAUUGAGUGGUUUCAGUCACCUUUCGCGCUCGCUACCUGGAAGACUGUCUACAAAGUCCUUAGGGCACGAAAAGAAGCAGUCAAGAUAAUUACCGAAGCUCUGGAGAAGAGGAAAGAUUCAAUAGAGAAACAAGGAGACUUCCUCGAUACAUUGCUAGAGGAGAUGAAGAAAGAAGGGAGCAUUUUUUACAAAGAGUCUAUUGUAAGCCUACUAUUAAAUAUUGGAUUCGUCUCUAGAGAUUCCACUUCUUACGCUACCGCUUUAACCGUCAACUUUAUCUCAAAAAACCCAAGAGUGCUUACGGAGUUGAAGAGAGAGCAUGAGGCGAUUGUACAAAAGAGAGACGAUAAAGAACCAGGACUUGGCUGGGAUGAGUAUAAAAACUGCAUGCCUUUCACCCGCAUGGUUAUCUACGAGUCGCUUCGGCUGGCAAACUUGGGAACCAUAAUCUUUAGAAAGGCUGUGAAAGAUGUCGAAGUCAAAGGAUACACGAUUCCAGCGGGUUGGAUAGUGGCCGUUGCACCUUCAGUGGUUCACUAUAAUUCUGAAAUCUAUGAGAAUCCAUUGGAGUUUAAUCCAUGGAGAUGGGAGGGGAAAGAUUUGCAGUCGCCAGGGUCUAAAACAUUGAUGGUGUUUGGAGGUGGAGCAAGACAGUGUAUAGGAUCAGAUUUAGCGAGACUUCACUUGGCAGUCUUCAUUCAUCAUUUUGUAACCACUUACGAUUUCUCGGUGGUCCAAGAAUGUGAGAUAUGUCGGGUACCAUUUCCUUUCUUCACCAAGGACCUGGUUAUAAACAUCUCCCCCAAGUCUCCCAGCUAGGUGAACGCUGCAGUUCCAUAUCUGAAAAAUCAGAUCAUAAUAAUAUUUUCCAAUUCUCCUUUCAUGCUUUUUAAUUUCCUUCUUAAUGCAAAUAACGAAUAGUCCCGAGGAAUUUACGAAUCUUUCUGGGAUUAUUGGUAGAUGGACUCUAAAGAUUAGAAUUUGUAAGCUCCAUUGCUCUUGGUUUAUAAAAUUUAAACAUUUUUAAUGAAAUAUGUUGUUAUUGUU